AUGUCUUUCCUCGUUGAGACUCCUGGAGCCGACACCGUCAUCGUCGUGUCGGCUGAUCGCAGAUUCAAGCUGCACUCUGCCCAGCUCAUGCAGUGCAGCACUCUCUUCAGCGAACUGCUUCAGGCCGGUGGGCCUCCUGUCCUUCCCCGUGAAGCACUCAAGGCCGGUGUUCGCUACAUGGUCUGUCUCCAGGACCACGAUGACGCAACCAACAAACACAUCACUCCUACCUUCAGACGCAUCCAAGUGAACAAGGAUGGCAAGCCUACCAAGGGCUACUCUCAGAUAUAUGAGAGCGACAGGAGCACUCGCUUCCGUCCCAGCAUCUUCUCCGAUUACGAGAGAUUGAUUCGUGUCUUUGCCAACCAGCCAAUCGCCUUGAACGACAAGAGCGUUGAGACCUUGCUUCCCGAUGCCAUCGGCCUCAUCGAAGUCGCUGAAAAGCUAGGCUCUGUGUCAAUGAUCGCAAAGCUCAUCGAGAUCAGUCUGCUGGCCAAGGGUCAGGAUUUCUUCAAGGCUGUCUCUGUCAGCCCUGUCGUCUGGAUUGACGUUGCAUUCCGCAUUCAGUCAAAGAUGCUCUUCAAGGAAGCCCUCAUCCACCUGACUGGCAAGUACAAUGCCCUGUCGCUCACGCCUCCUGACGACUCGGUCCUCAGAAAAAACCCCAGAGCUCGCUCUGUCCUCGAUCAGCUGAAGCCCGAAAUCCGGAACUUGCUCGAGCGCAAGCACGAAGAGCUGAAGAAACGCUGUCAAGCUGUUGAAAUCGGCGUCAGCAUCCACUACCCAUCGGGCAUCCAGAAGUCUGCCGUGAGUGGCCUGGCAAGCCGCGACGGCACAGGAAGAGCAAAUUACGCACGUGACGUCUUCACCUGGAUUUCGGUCACACUCUACCGCCACUGGUGGGGCCAGACCAUGGCUAGUGAUGCCAACCACAACAACCGCUUUGGCGGCCAUGACAUCUACGUCAAGCUCCACCAAGGUGGCCAAGCCUAUCUCACUCGCGAGAUCACUGUCGGCUUCAACAAGCACUUCCCUAUGAGCGGCAAGGGCCAGGCCGUUAUCGAGAACAAUCUCGACAUCAUCAAAGCCGGAGUCGUACCCAUUGUGGCCCCGUUGAUGAAGAAUGAGAGUCAGCUUGAUCUGGUCAACAGUCCUAUCAAGUGGCUGACUUGCACCAAGGUCAAGAGUGCAGACUACAUCUGGGAGCCUGAGCCUGAGUCUGAGUUUGAGUCUGAGGAGGAGGUAGAGGAGGAGGUAGAGGAGGAGGAAUACUUCCAACCUCGUGAUAAAGGCAAGGGAAAGAGACCUGCUGACGAGGCUUUCGAGGAGGGAGAAGAUGAAGCCGAUGACGAAGACGAGGAAGACGAUGUGGAAGCUUGA